CCCCUGCGCAUACAUUUUUGGUUCAGGCCGGCCCGAAGCUCGGCGUGGGCCGCUCGUCAGACCGCGUGCCUGCGAAGCGAAAGUGCAAGUUGAAGGAUUGUGGAUGUUGGCAAAGUUGUAGGUCCGAGCCAUCUUCGUGUAGAUGGAACGGUUUACCGUAUGUCCUGCCUAAACAGCGCUAGUGAGAUUUCAAGUCACAUCGCGACGGUUGACAGCUGAUCAGGAACGCAGAAGAAUUAGCAGUACAAUUGUCGCACAGAAAAUGGGCCAAAUAACGCCUGGGACAUAUGAAAAUCUGCAAACCCCUACUCACACCGACCACCUCCUCCCCCCCUUCCUCCCCUCCUCCCUGCCCCUCUCCACGACCCCUCCAACCAACCUCCCCACCGUCUCCAGAAACCCAUCCAUAUCCUGCACUGUGAACCCCACCUUCCUACCCCCAACUUCUUUCAGGACUACACCGUCACCCCGUGCGAGGGGUUUCCAGAAGAGGAGGGAACGGGGUUUGCCUUUUGCCCAGGAGAUCCCACGGAUUGAGGUUCCCCAGGGGUGGUAGUCCCACCAGUGGAGGCCGAGGCAGGAGGCGGUUGCUAGCCAGUCGAUCUUUUCGAAGGGGAUUGCGUAGGAUAGACUCGGUCGUGGUGAUGCUGGUGCUGGUGCUGGUGAUCUGGACCCAGUCUUGGGACUGGUGUUGGAGGAGGAGGAGGUGGUUGUUGUUGGUGUUGUUAUUGUUGUUGUUGGUUGGAGUGGGUUAGGUAGGUAGUGGUAGUUCUUC